AUGCGCAAGAGACGUCCUAUACUGAUCCGCCUCCUCAAGCAGAUGUUGACCUCAUCUCCGAGGCGGGAAGCCCUUCCCUUCGGCUUCGUCGCCGAUGUGCUCUUUCAGAUCAUCAUCAAUGGCGAGGUAAAUACCAUCUUGACGCUCUGCCGGUUGAACCGCGCCACAUACGAGACCAUCAAGAUGUUGGAGCCGCAUAUCUGUGGCUGGUUCAUGCGCUUCCAUGCGCUGGAAUUCGACCCUAUUCUUACCCUUAACCCGUGGACGGGAGAGCAGAGCGCACUAACUGUGCACUCCCUCGUAAGGUUCUUCCAGCGCCACAACAUCGCCAAGGACUUAUCACGACAUAUUGUACCAUCAGUGUGGGGACCUUUCUGCGAUGACGGAACUCCAGAGAUGAACUUUGAAGCGGAGUUACGCCUUGCCAACCGGUUGGAACGAGGGUUACACGUCCUCUUUCACAUGGCCGACAUUGCGCGUGACACCGAAAGGCUGAAGCCUAGCAGGAAGCCACUGGCCCCUGUUGUCAGUGGGCGUCUCUUCGUGCUCGGCAAGAUGUUGGACGAGUAUGAUGAGCUUCCCCAGCACAGGAAACAGUUGAUGUCAUUCGAAGAGUACACCAACCACGUCUAUACGGUUCUAAAGUGGGGAUAUGUGGAGGCCGAUAUUGGCCGCAGGCGGCUAGAGUUCCGAGGAUGGCUGGACGAACAGACCGAGAUCGACUUUCACGCGUCUCUGCGAAUGUUGCGCGAGCUCAUGGAGCGUAUGCUUCUCCGCCACGGCCCCAAGGACUGGCACCGCGACGCCAAGAACGAAUAUAGCGUCAUAUCCUGGUUUCUCCUGAAACAACCGCCACGGUCACUGGCGAAGCUGUUCUUGAGUCCUCAGAACGACUGCUGCGAUCUUGAUGUGAAAGCUACUGAUUGCGGUGUUAGGAAGUGCCAUUUCUCAGACCCGCUCGACAACUACUGGAAAGCCUGGAAGAAUGUGCCCGACCUAGGCUGCCAGGAUUGUGACUGCAAGCGACGAGUCAGAAGUUGGAGCGUCAAGCCUGCACUCAUUGAUGCCCGAGGAAGAGAGUUUAAUCGUGCUGCAGAGCGAUACCUGAGGGAGAUGUGGAGUCAGCGACACGUCGGUCUCCAUCGUGCUUUUACCAUGGGCGUUUUCACCACAGUUAUUGGAUGA